GGUUUUUAAUCCCACAUGAGGAGGUGGAGCCCCCUGAGAGAGGAGAGUGAAAAGCUCUUUAACCAGAGACCUUCAGCAAGAAGGCAGAGCAGCUUCUCUACAGCUCAUUUUCUACUGACAAAAGAGUUACCAACUAUCAGAAGGAUGGCGAACUCUUUCACGCGUUUGAUCUCCGGACGCAACACGGCCGUGCUGUUGGCCAGCUUAGGAGCAGGAACGAUGGCGACUGGCUUCCUGUUGAGCGAAAACGGGCUGGCUGCUGAGGCGAGGACGAAGCUCUACCCUCCCAGCUCCGACUUCCCCGACCUGAGGAAACACAACAACUGCAUGGCCAAGGCUCUGACUCCGGCCAUUUACGCCAAACUGAGGGACAAGGUCACCCCCAACAACUGGACCCUGGACCAGAGCAUCCAGACCGGAGUGGACAACCCCGGACACCCUUUCAUCAAGACGGUGGGCUGCGUGGCCGGUGAUGAGGAGAGCUACGAGGUGUUUGCUGAACUCCUGGAUCCCGUCAUCAAAGACCGUCACAACGGCUACGACCCCAAAACCAUGACCCACCCCACUGACCUGGACUCCUCCAAGAUAACCAACGCCGUGUUUGAUGAGAACUACGUGCUGUCCUCUCGUGUCCGGACCGGCCGCAGCAUCCGCGGGCUGAGCCUCCCCCCGGCCUGUUCUAGGGCCGAGCGCCGUGAGGUGGAGCGGGUGGUUGUGAUGGCGCUGGCCGGCCUGCAUGGAGACCUGGCCGGACGCUACUACAGCCUGGGAGACAUGACGGACAGGGAGCAGCAGCAGCUCAUCGACGACCACUUCCUGUUUGACAAGCCCGUCUCUCCCUUGUUGACGUGUGCCUUUAUGGCCAGAGACUGGCCUGACGCCAGAGGCAUCUGGCACAACAAUGAGAAGACCUUCCUGAUCUGGGUGAACGAGGAGGACCACACCAGAGUCAUCUCCAUGGAGAAGGGAGGCAACAUGAAGAGAGUGUUCGAGAGGUUCUGCAGAGGACUCAAACAGGUGGAGCACCUGAUCCAGGAGAGAGGAUGGGAGUUCAUGUGGAACGAGCAUCUGGGCUACAUCCUCACAUGUCCCUCCAACCUGGGCACCGGGCUCAGGGCUGGCGUGCAUGUGCGCCUGCCAAAACUCAGCAAGGACGCUCGUUUCUCCAAAAUCCUCGACAACCUGCGGCUGCAGAAAAGAGGCACCGGUGGCGUGGACACAGCUGCUACUGGAGACACCUUUGACAUUUCCAACAACGACCGUCUGGGCAAAUCUGAGGUGGAGCUGGUGCAGAUGUUGGUGGACGGGGUCAACCACCUGAUUGAGUGUGAGAAGAAGCUGGAGAAGGGACAGGACAUCAAGGUCCCGGCUCCCAUCGCUCAGUUCAGGAAGUAAAAGCUGGACUCAUCAUCAGUGUUAGCAGGAGUUAGCAGCUCUCCUCCCGAACCUCAGAACGCCGUCUGUCCGCUGCCACAGAGGAGGAGGACGUCUCUCUGUUCCUCCUAAAGAGAUUACUAAUCCUUUAGUGUAACAUAAUCUUAGACGUGAACUUCAGUUAAGGGGAAAUUCUACCUCAAGUUUAAGGUCUUCACUGUAACCCUGACUUCAAUAAAGCCAUAAACACUUUAA